UUUUGAAAGAGACAAACGUGUGUGGCGCACCUGGGGUCGUUGGUUCCUUGGUUCGUUGGAGUGUGCGUGUAUGUGAGUCGGCGUCCUGCACUGGUAUUCGUACUAUUUCUGCACGUGCUGCUCGGUCGCGACCAUUUCGAGUGGUACAAUAAUAGACAACAGUGGUGGGAACCAAUUAACGCUCCGGUAGCGCCUGUAGACGUAGAAUUAGAUCUUGACGGGAGCUAUCUAUCCAUAUGAUAGAAUGGAUAGUAGCGCCAAACCCAAGCGCAAAAACCCGCGCCAAGAUGCCAAUAUUAUAUCACAAUUAAUAUUUGCCUGGGCGAUUCCAUUAUUGUAUCGGGGAUCCCGUAGAGGCCUUAAUACAGAUGACCUGACGGAAUGUCUCAAGAAUGAUCGAUCUGAACAGCUGGGCGACCGCUUAGAGGAUCAAUGGUUUAAGGAACUGGAACGAUCCCAUCGGAAGAAACAGAAGCCUCACCUCAGAAAUGCUCUGUUUCGCUGCUUUCUAUGGCCUACGAUCAUAAAUGGCCUCAUUUGCUUAAUCUACAUAGUGAUCAAGACCUUGAUUCCAGCUGUUCUGGCGCAGUUGUUGAUUCAGUUUCAAAGAGCCAAUGUUGCGGAAGUUGGGGUUGUCGAAGUCAAAGAUUUGUCAAUAUCGGAUUCCCUGAAUCGCACUGCUCGCUCGAUAGGAAGAUAUGUGAUGAGUCAGGCUGUCGCCGAUGCUAGCGGAUCAGCAGGAGAUGUCUACUCCCCUAAUUCCUUGGAUAAGGGAGAUCCCCUUAAGGAGCCCAUUCAACCUGCAACAGAGGAAAUAGACCACAAUGCAACGAUUGUGCGAAGUAUACUGGAUCAGACUACUGACUACAUGUGGAAUGAUACAUAUAGCUUGGGUGCCCUUCUGGUGACCUCGACGCUUUUCUGCUGCUUCCUGCUGCACCACGUCGAUCUUCGCCAGCGCCUGAUGGGAGCUCGGAUGCGAAUUGCCUGCUGUUCGCUAAUCUACCGGAAAACCCUUCGCCUCUCGAUGAAAACGGCUGGCCAGACACCGGCUGGUUACCUAAUCAACCUGCUCUCGAAUGACGUGAAUCGCCUGGACUAUGGUUUUAUUUUCAUGCACUGGAUCUGGAUAAUGCCGCUGCAGGCGAUGCUCACGUGCUACCUGAUUUGGCUGAACAUUGGCAUACCGGCGAUUGUGGGAGUAGUGGGAUUGCUACUGAAAACGAUACCCGUGCAAACGGCCUUGAGCAAGGUAACCUCGGUGCUGCGCAUGAGGAUUGCGGAGCGGACGGACGCGAGGGUGGGCAUCAUGAAUGAGCUGGUGCAGGGCAUUCAGGUGAUCAAGAUGUACGCCUGGGAGAAACCCUUUCAGGCGGUGGUGGCCGAAGCUCGGCGCCGCGAAAUCAAACAGAUUCGCUAUGCAUCCUACCUGCGAGGCUUCUACCUCAGCACCAUGGUGUUCACGGAGCGAUCCACGCUGUAUAUCACCCUGGCAGCGGCUGCUCUAAUGGGACAGACCAUUACCGCCGAUUUUGUGUUCUCCGCAGCCAGUUACUAUAACAUCCUGCAACUGGUGGCCGCCAUUUGGUAUCCUCUUGCUGUAAGCUUUGGAGCAGAGGCCCUGGUCUCUUUGCGUCGGAUUCAGGAUUUCCUUUUGCUCGAGGGACGUGAGGAGCGGACGCAGGGAUUAACCCACAAGCAAGAUCAGGAUGGCGGAGACUCAAGAGCUGUAACCAUCAAGGAUAUCAAUGCCAGUUGGGAUAUUGAGAAGCCCCAGAAGACUCUGCAAAGCAUUAAUCUCCAGAUUGAGAAGGGGCAAUUGUGUGCGGUGAUUGGACCCGUGGGUGCUGGAAAGAGUUCCAUCCUCCAGUUGCUCCUGGGUGAACUACCGGUCAUCGAUGGUGGAGUAGUGAUCCAGGGAGACCUUUCCUAUGCAGCCCAGGAACCUUGGCUUUUUACGGGGUCCGUUCGAAAUAACAUUCUGUUUGGCGAGGAGUAUGAGAGGAAACGCUACCAGGAGGUAACCCGAUGCUGUGCCCUCGCCACGGAUUUCCAACAGCUGCCAAAUGGAGACAAAACUGUGGUCGGGGAGCGAGGAGCAUCCCUGUCUGGAGGUCAAAGAGCCCGCAUUAGCUUGGCUCGAGCUGUUUACAAGCAGGCGCAAAUUUAUCUGAUGGAUGAUCCGCUAAGUGCCGUGGAUGCCCACGUGGGCAAGCAUCUGUUCGAUGAGGUGAUUGGACCCAGAGGCCGCCUGGCUCAGCUGAAGGCCACUCGCAUACUGGUGACCCAUCAGGUGCACUUCCUCUCCGAGGCCGAUAUCAUUGUGAUUGUGGAUCAGGGCAGGAUUUUGAGGCAGGGCACCUACCAGGAGUUGGUCAACAGUGAUCUGGAUUUCGCAAAGCUGCUCGAGCGACCCAAGGAGGAGGAUGAGGCGGAAAACAGUCACCAGCAAUCAUCCACGCUAAGUGCAUAUUCAGUAGAAAGCGACGACGAGGACAUACCCUUUAUCGAUGGCGAAAAAGAUGGGUAUCAGCAGUUGAGAAAGCAGAGUAACUCGGUUCAUGGCAGCAAAUCGUUGGAUAGUGCGCAGCUGGAUGAAGAAGUGGAUGAGGAUGCUCUGGCCGAGGCCCAAGCCUCGGGUGGCAUAUCACCCCGCGUUUGGUACGAGUACUUCCAUGCGGGCAGCACUCUCCUGAGCUUCAGCUUCAUGGUGUUCGUGAUGAUCAUGUCCCAGGUGGUGUGCAGUAGUUCGGAUUACUUUGCCAACAUCUGGACACAGCAGGAGCACCAGCGAUCACAGGGAGAGGCCACCAGCUUCACCACCUUCGAGUGCAUGUACAUCUACGGAGGUCUGAUCAUUGCUGUGGUGAUCAUGUCCACUUUCCGCGGAUUUCUGUUCUUCAAGAUCUGUAUGCAUGCCUCUAAAGUGCUGCACGAUCGCAUGUUCGCCUGCAUCCUGCACGCUACCAUGAGAUUCUUUGACACCACUCCCUCGGGCAGGAUUCUGAAUCGUUUCUCCAAGGAUAUGGGCGCCAUCGAUGAGUUGCUUCCACGGGCCAUGAUGGACUUUAUCCAGAUUGCCCUGGUUAUGUUUGGUAUUCUGAUUGUGAUUAGUAUCCUGAAUCCCGUUCUGGUGGCUGCCAUGCUGGUGGUGGCCGUUGUGGAUAUACUCAUCUUGAAGUUGUACCUGCGACCGUCUCAGGAUCUCAAGCGAUUGGAGGGCAUCUGCCGUAGUCCUGUUUUCUCCCAUCUGAGUGCAUCCCUCUCCGGUUUGGCCAUCAUUCGAUCCCGCCAGUUGCAGGAAGUGGUGGCCAAGGAGUUUGAUUUGCUGCAGGAUGUGCACAGCAGCGUGUGGCAACUGACCAUGGCGGUGAAUACGGCUUUGGGCUUGUGGCUGGAUUGUGUCAGCUGUGUCUUCCUCACCGCAGUUACCUUCAGUUUCAUCAUCUCCAGUGAAUCAACAUACAGUGGCAACGUGGGUUUGGCCAUUGCCCAGGCCAUGAUCUUGACCGGAAUGGUGCAGUAUGGAGUGCGCCAGGUGGCAGAGUCCUUGCAGCAGAUGACCAGCGUGGAGCGUGUUCUGCAAUACACCGAACUGGAACAGGAGCCGGCGCAGAGCGAGAAGACUCCACCGUUGCUGUGGCCAACUCGUGGACAGGUGGAGUUCCGCAACAUGAGCUGUCGCUACGAUCCCAAUGGAUCGCCGAUACUAAAGAACCUUAAUCUCGUCAUCGAGGCGGGCUGGAAGGUGGGCAUUGUUGGACGUACAGGAGCCGGAAAGUCAUCGCUGAUAGGAGCUCUGUUCCGGCUGGCACACAUCGAGGGAGAGAUACUCAUCGAUGGAAUAGAGACAGGAUCGAUUUCAUUGGAGAUCCUUCGCACCCGCAUCUCGAUUAUUCCCCAAGAUCCCGUACUGUUUUCGGCCACCAUCCGCUACAACCUGGAUCCCUUCGAGCGGUACACGGAUGCCGAGCUAUGGGGCGCUUUGGAGGAUGUGGAGCUGCGGGGUGCUAUUCCCGGCCUGGAUUACAUGGUCACGGAGAGGGGCAGCAACUUCAGCGUGGGCCAGCGGCAGUUGCUCUGCCUGGCGAGAGCCAUUCUGCGAAACAACAAGGUUCUGGUGCUCGACGAGGCCACGGCCAAUGUAGAUCCACAAACCGACGCCCUAAUCCAGCGCACCAUCCGCAUCAAGUUCAAGCAAUGCACGGUGCUCACCGUGGCCCACCGACUCCACACAGUUAUGGAUUCGGAUCGGAUUAUCGUGAUGGAUGCUGGCGUGGCAGUGGAAUUUGAUGUACCGUAUCUGCUGUUGAAGAAGUCACAAGGACAUCUCCGGCAAAUGGUGGAGGCCACGGGCGGAGAGGCGGAAGCCCUGAAAAAGACGGCCAGUGACAGUCACAAGAGGAUGCAGAGGGAGCGGGACGAGAGAGAUCGCGAGGAAGACGAAGGACGGGAGUGAGAAGCGGUAACACAUCGAUGCGUCCAUCGGAAAUCGCAUUUACCCAAAUCUGGUGCUUUUAAUGUCUCAAGGUUGCAGCUGUUGGGCUCCCUGAUGAAACAGAGCAUUGUCCAAAAUGAAAGCCGAACCAAAAUGAUUUUCCUUUACACACACACAUCACAUACACACUUUUUAUGUUUUCAAUGGUUCAUGUACUUAGUCUUGUUAAGUUUGUAAACGAAAAGUCUAGAUGUGCUGCCUUAUACGUAUUGUACUUAGAUGUAAUCUCCACACCAGGGACUGCAAUGUUAAAUGUAUGAAAACUUUAUUGUAGAUUGCCAGUGAAAAGUACGCCAACUCAUAACAUGACAAAUCCUGAAAACAUCAGUGGUUUACUCUUUACUUAACCACAUAUUAGUUAGAUCAUCCAAUAUAUACUGUAUAUAUAUUCUGUACAUUACUGCAAGUGAUUGUGCAUAGUACUGAGCCAAAGUACUUCAAAACACUAGAUAGAUACUAAAUAAAUAUUUGCCGAGUUUAUUAAAAUAUAAAAAAUUUCA